AUGGAUGCCCGAGGAGUCCUGAUCAGCGUAAGUAGAGGUGGCACAAUCAAGGAAGAAGCAUUGCUUCAGGGUCUUCUGCAAGGAUCCACUGCCAGGGCUGCUGUCCACGUGUUCGAUUCCGCGCCCGCAGCGGAGGACAGUCCAUGCUUGGUGCGAUAUCUGGAGAACCAAGUGAUGCCUUAUUUGGCCUGGUUCGGCGAGGUGACAGUCUCCGAUCUACAGCGCAUGGCGAAAGAGAAUGUGGAAGGGUGGAAGAGCGGAAAUCUCCUCGUGCAAAACUUGAACGUUGUCGUAUAG